CCCCCACCCCCGCCUGCCUGCCUGCCUGCCUCCGGUUCACACGAUGAGCUGCCACGUAAUCGGCAGGAGCAGGCAGUCCGCAGAAUAAGGCGACCAGGCGUUGGUUCGCACGCUGCUCGGCUCCGCGACCGACACUCGGCGGGACAUAGGAGCCCUCGGGAAGGGGGGUCCCCUCGACACACUGACGGACGGACACGAGUCCGCGCCCCCUUUUCUGCGUUCCGUAGGAGGAGCGGCCUGGCCCCCCCGCCCUAGCCAUGAGGCAGCUGAAGGGGAAGCCAAAGAAGGAGACGUCCAAGGACAAGAAGGAGCGCAAGCAGGCCAUGCAGGAGGCGCGGCAGCAGGUGGCCACUGUGGUCCUGCCCACCCUGGCCGUGGUCGUGCUGCUCAUCGUCGUCUUUGUUUACGUGGCCACGCGGCCCGGUGCCAUCGAGUAGGCCCUGCCCUGCCCGGCCCGCCACCCCGCACAUCCUCCGCUCUACAGUGUCCACCAUCACCCCAAUUAAACAAGAGAUCAACAUGGGACAA